AGUAUCGGUCUCCCUUGGCCGCGAAUAAUCAGUUUUCGCUCACGAGGAAAUACGACCAACAGCAGUGUGCUCCAUAAAGAAAUAAAAAAACUUUUAGGUGAAAGAAGUCUUUCCUUGCUGCUGAAAUCACGCUCAUCACUUUGAACAUCACGGACACAACGAUAUGGGUGCUACAUCUUCAGUGUUUAGCGAUAACAGAAUCGUGAAUAUUAAUCCUACAAAUGAUCCAUUAGAAACACUUUUUACCAGCAAUCACGUCAAAUCGCAUAAGUACACAAUAUGGAACUUCAUUCCAAAGAAUUUCUUCGAGCAGUUCCGGCGAAUAGCGAAUUGUUACUUUCUUUUAACGACAAUAAUUGCGCUUGCGAUAGACUCACCUAUUUCGCCCGUAACCAGUGCUCUGCCUUUAGCAUUCGUCAUUAUAGUGACUGCUUGUAAACAGGGAUACGAAGAUUACUUACGUUACAAGACGGAUCAACGAGAUAAUCGGAGAUUAAUUAGUGUCAUUCGUAAUAAAUGUACACAGGAUAUAUAUUGCGAGCAAAUAGUGGUAGGUGACCUUGUAAAAGUCUCUCGAGACGAGGAUGUGCCAUGUGAUAUCGUUCUUCUUUAUAGCGAGACUCCAGGAUGUUGUUAUGUCACGACAUCUAAUCUUGAUGGAGAAACAAAUCUAAAGACGUUGCAGGUUCCGAAAAUGGUCUCGAAGAUGCCACUUGCGCGCAUAGUGGCAAUGAAAGCAACAAUUACGUGUCAACAUCCUUUGGCAAAUCUUUAUACUUUCCACGGCAAGCUUGAGAUUAAUAAUGAGAGCGAGAUGAUGAGUGGACAUCUCACGAUAGAUAAUCUUUUGCUCCGUGGAUCAAGGCUAAAAGACACCGAAUAUGUAGUUGGUUGUGCAGUUUAUACUGGACAGGACACAAAACUAUCAUUAAAUUCAAAGAUAGUUAGUAAUAAAUUCUCAACCGCCGAGAAAUCUGUCAAUAAAUAUCUUAUUGUAUAUGUCGUGAUACUGUUGAUCGAAGUAUUAGCAUCCACUAUAUUAAAGAUAUACAUUGAAUCCUAUGAGAAAUGGGAUAAUUAUCUGGGUCCAUCGCCUAAAACCAAUUUUUCCACACUGAUUGCGGAUAUGCUGAGCUUUCUUAUCUUAUUCAAUUACAUCGUACCGAUAUCAUUAUAUGUCACUGUCGAAUUACAAAAGUUCUUUGGUUCGUUUUUUUUCGGCUGGGACUUGGACAUGUACGAUGCGGCCAGCGAUCAGCCAGCACUCGCUAAUACGUCAGAUUUGAAUGAAGAGCUCGGCCAAGUUGAAUAUUUGUUUACCGACAAGACCGGCACGCUCACUGAAAAUCUGAUGAUAUUCAAACGUUGUUCGAUCGAUGGCAAUAUUUAUAUGGAAAAAGAUUGCGACGGGAAUCUUUAUCUAUUGCCACCAAGCGGAAAUGAAGAAGAAGCGGUCAAAUUAACGUCAUGGAAGGAGAAUAUCUGGCAUUUUAUGGUAAGUAUAUCGCUGUGUCAUAUGGUGCAAAUCGCGCCGCCCAGUCAACGCCCCGAAAUCGUAGCCAAGCGCACGUCAUUUCGCGAAAGCUUCAGAUUAAAGAAAAUCACGAGGGUCAACAGUUCAUUGAUGAUGCAUCCAGAUUUACCGCAGUAUCAGGCAGCAUCAGCAGACGAGAAAGCGUUAGUGGAGGCAAGUGCCAGAUGCGGUGUGAUUUUUCAGAAGGAUACUAACGAGGAAAUAUAUCUACAGAUCAACAAAAACGUAAUGGUUUUCCAGAGACUAGAUAUACUAGAAUUCACUUCUGAACGAAAGAGAAUGUCGAUAAUAGUGAAAGAUUCGGCAAAUGAUAUCUGGUUGUAUUGUAAGGGUGCGGAUUCGGCUGUUUUUCCAUUAGUCGUAGAAGGAAAGAUUCAAGAAGCUUCCCUUCAUGUUGCCGAUUUCUCCAUGAGAGGUUUACGAACGUUGGUUAUAGCAUAUAAAAAGAUGAAUCAAUCCGAAUAUGAUAGGCUAUCGCAAAAUAUCGAGCAGGCCAGACAAAUAAUCGGCACGGAGAGAGCAAUGUAUAUGACACGUGCAUACGAUCUUAUGGAGAGCGAACUUAUUUUACUCGGAGUAACCGCAGUGGAAGAUCGUCUACAAGAAAAUGUGCAAGAAACUUUGGAAUGCUUACGAAUCGCUGGAAUUAAAAUAUGGGUACUCACCGGAGAUAAAGCAGAAACUGCAGAAAACAUAGCUUUUCUCUGCGGCCAUUUUAAAAAAGGUACUGAAGUUUUAAGACUGAUGGAACAGACUUCAGGAAAAUCCUGUUUCCCGAUUCUUACUACUUUCGAUCGCAAAAUAAAAUUGGAACCGUACAAGCAAUACGGUUUGAUAAUAGAUGGUACAAGCAUAACGGUGAUUCUACGAAGUUUUCCUGGAUUGUUGAAAUCCGUCGGAAUGGCUUGUGAAGCAGUUAUCUGUUGCAGAUUAACGCCAUUGCAAAAGAGUGAAAUUGUGCAUCUGAUUAAAACCGCACGGAGUCGGCCGCAUACCGCGGCCAUCGGUGACGGCGGUAAUGAUGUCUCGAUGAUACAGGAAGCUCAUGUGGGAAUUGGAAUAUUAGGAAAGGAAGGUCGCCAGGCAUCAAUAUCCGCCGAUUUCGCCGUUACAAAAUUCAUGUAUCUGAAAAAAGCAUUAUUGGUGCACGGCCAUUGGUAUUAUUUGCGUAUCAGCAUCCUGAUACAAUAUUUCUUCUAUAAAAACGUAGUAUUCAUAACGCCGCAGAUGUUAUUCAGUAUUCACAAUGGUUUCUCCACACAGGCACUUUAUGACGGUGUAUUUCUAAUGUGUUUUAACUUGCUAUUCACAUCACUACCAAUAUUUUUGUACGGAUUAUUAGAACAGAAUCACAAUGCGGAAAAGCUUAUGCUAUAUCCGUACUUGUAUAAACUUAAUAAAAGAAAUUACUUAAUGUCGAGAAAACAGUUUAUGAUAUGGUUACUCUUAGCACUAUGGCACACAGGAGUAACAUAUUUUACAGUAUACUCUAUCUCAUACAUUAAUCCAACGUUUUUGUACGAUAAUACACCAGUUGAACAUUGGACUUAUAGUACAUGUAUUUUUCAUAUAGUUACUUUGUUAGCAAAUCUACAGAUUUUAUUGCGCAGCUCGUAUUGGACUUUUCCGUUAGUUUUAAGCAUAAUACUUUCCGAAUUAGCAUUCUUUGUUCUCGCAUUUUGCUAUUCGGUUAUAAAUGUGGAAUAUGAUGGUGAAAUGUUUGGAGUCUUUCAACAAUUAUUAAUGUCACCCUCAUACUGGUUAAUUACCAUAAUCAUAAUCGUGAUUUGCUUAAUACCUGAUUAUUUAUUACUCACAUAUGACACUUACAGACCAAUUAAAGUUCUACGGAAAAAUGAGGAACCUCCACAACCUCUUAAUUGCAGCGAUGAUGACAGUGAACAUUCUUCGCAAGUGGGACGCCGCAUAUUUCCAUGGAGAGGUAGUCUCUCGUUUCAAAAAACGGAAUAAUAUGCUGAAAAGACUGUUGCUUCAAUCACUUCAGUAUUAUUUACAACAAAAAAGUUUAAUGAUACUUAAGCAUCUUAAUUUCCAUUCAUAUCAGUGCGAUAUUUUAAAUUGCUAAUACGACUAAUUUUACAUUGUCAAAUAAACUUACAAGACAAAAUUUAGAUUUAACUGACAAAAUCAGUUAAAAAACUCUAACAUAAGUUAUAAAAUUAAUUAUACCGCUUUAAUAGAAUCACCUUUCUAAUUUCUAUAAUUUUUAAAU